AUGGAUCAGGUGAUGAACAAGCUGGGGACGUACUGGUUCAGCAAGAGAGCCGACAAGGAGAUCUCCUCCGUCGGGGAUGACCUCAAUGUAACGUGCCUCCUCGUCUCUCUUCCUUCUCCCCUCUGUUGUCCAUGCUUUUUAAUGUAAUUUCUUCCCGAUCAUCAUCGCUAUUUAUCAUUAGAACAAUUGCUUGUGUUUUCCAUCUUGCGACGCAGCCGGGUUGGUAAUUGCGUUCGUUCUGUGGAUUCUGGCAGCCUUCCGGAACGUUUUCGAUCUUGGUUCAUCGCCCCUUUUAGGUACCUGUAAGGGCCUAUAGUUGCGUUGAUGAAGCUAUCUGUCUCCGUUACGGGAACACUUCCCAUUUUUUCUCAUUUUAGCAUGACCUCUCCAUGGCUGCGCCUGAUUGUGGAUGCAAAUCCCCUGAGAGUGGAUGCCCGCCCUGCUGGGAACAUCAUGAUUCUGGGAAUUGAAAUUUAAUAUUAUGACUAAUUAUCCGCUGGUGUCAUUUUUUGUUUCUUUUUUUGCCGGAAAAUUGAGGAAAAAAAUAAUUCUGUGAGCUUGAUGUAUCGUACAGUUCUUAUUUAUUUCCUCUGCCCCGUUGAACAUUCUAAUCCCAGACAAUUGCUUCUGAAAUCCGAACUAUCCUGUGGAUAAAAGCAUCUCUACUUUCCUCAUUAAAGAGCAAGAUCCGAUUUCUUCACCUGCGUUAGGUUAUAAGGAAAUAUGCUGUUUCUGUUUCGUGGGAGCAUGUAUUUCCAUCUGUGGAAGAUAAAUCGCCAAGCUAUCUCAACACCACCUAUGUUCGUCAGAGAUUGUGGAUUUGCAGAGAGGGAUCCAGACAAAAAAACUAGAGAUUGAAGAGAACGGCAAAUUGGAUUUAUGGAACCAGUACAAGUAAUCUGAUUUAAAAUUAAGUUUCCCGCAUAUCACCACAAUCUUAAAGUAGAAUUCUAUCGUUUUUGUAUUUCACUUUACUUGAGAUUUACAGAAAAUCAUGAGUUCCCCAAUGUUUUCCUAAGAGGACACUUGUAUUGUGAUGUUCGAUGUGUAUGCAGCCCCCAAAAAAGAACAGAGAACAAUCUCAAGGAUUGAAGCUUUUCAGGGAAUCUCCUGCUUGACUCCAAUUGGAGAUGUGGCCUUUGUAGGUGAUAUAUACCAAAAUCGUUCUUCUCUGAGGUUUCAAAAAGGUCAAAUAAAAACGGAAAUGGUCUGUUAAAUUUAGCUGAGUCCUUCUCUGGCUGAAGGGUCAUCUUGCAAUGACCGAACAGAGUGAUGCAUAGAGAAUUACUUGUGAGAUUUGGAUAGGUCGAUCUUGUCACCCUAAGGAGCAAGACGAUUUGGAGUUAGGUUACUGGGCAAAUUAUAAUGAUAUGCUGGAGGUGUAAUGAAUCCAGGGCAUGUCUUUGUCUGGCAUCAUCAGGGGAAAAUACUUACCCUGGACCUCCCCUGGGAAUCCCUUAUUAUCGAUAAUAGUGCAAAGAUAUCUAUCAUUUCGAAGUUAUCUGCUCCGCAUCUGGGUGUGCAGACAGGCAUCUGUCUUUCUUACAGUCUUUGGCAGAUUACGCGAGAUAAUCUCGAUGUGUGAUACAUGUUGAAUUUUUUUAAAAAUCUUUUUGUCGCAUUCAUAAUCCCAUUCAUGAUUCCAAAUCAAUUUUAAACGCCUUCUGCUACAUUUUUUUCGAAAAACCAUGUCAGUUUUACGAUUUUUGUUUUUACUGGAUUCUCUCGGACCCAGCAGUAGUUCACUCUCACCCUCUACGCUGCAUUCUGCUCAAUAUUAUGGAUUUUUUGUUGCAAUGGAUUCCUCCCUUGGUGGCGGAGAUAGCUUAGUAGAUUGGAGCUUAUUUAUUAUUAUGCUUUCAUUUAUUUUCAUGUUAUGGCCUCUCUAAUCCAGAGAGCGUUUGAAUAUGUAUUCGUUGACUCCCAUACUAACACACGUUUCAUCAAAUGAAAUCAGUCGCUAUCCACUAGCAUCGAAGGAGGAGCAAAAUGGCUGGUCAACAAGCUCAAAGGUGCUGUUCUAUGCCUGUUCAUCAUCUCCUAAUGGCUUUAAGUUUCUUCCAUCUAGCCAAUUAGCAUCUCAGAUGGAGUUUACUAUGAUGAUGUCCUCUUCUCCUCCUCUGCGUCAAUCAUUCGGCAUAAACAAAUGAUCCUGGGAUCCUUCCACUCUUCCAUCCUGCGUCAAUUAGCACCUUCCCCCUUUUUCUCACUUAGCAAUGAAACUCAGAUCCACCCACCAAAAUCACCCAUCUGGGUUCAUCUUUAUCAGCGUCAGUCUAAACACCGUCUGCUACUGUUUUUUUUCCAUAUCUGUCGGUUUUUUAUUUUUAUUCAAGUUCCAUGAAAAUCACCCAUCUGGUUUCAUCUUUAUCAACGUGAGCUGACCUUCUGUCCUCUUCCUCUGAAACUCGACUCAUAAUCGGAGCAGGAAAGAUGCAGAAGCCAUUACCGGAGCUGCUGCAGGAGCACGACCUGCCGGCGGGCAUCUUCCCCCGGGACGCCACUCACUACGAGUUCAAUGAAGAGACCCGGAAGCUGACGGUCUUCGUCCCCUCCGUCUGCGAAGUGGGCUACAAGGACUCCUCCGUUCUCAGAUUCCUGACCAUUGUGACAGGGUACCUGGAGCAGGGGAAACUGGUGGACAUCGAAGGGAUGAAGACCAAGGUGCUCGUGUGGCAGAAGGUCACCUGCAUCUCCACCGAGGGCUCCAAGGUCCACUUCACCACCACCCUGAAGAAGACCAGGAGCAGGGCGGCCUACGAGGUCCUCAGGGACGGCAUCAGCAUAGAGAAAUUCUAA